AAAUGGCGGACGUCAUGAACGAAACUUGUGUUGGUAAACAACUCUCUUUCGAAUAUCCUCUCCCUCUACGCUUGGUUCAAGCCAACAAACGAGAUGAAUUCAUGAGUAUGGUCGACUCUAAUGCUGAUCAGGAAGGCAUAUUGAACUGUGUUCAUUUGAAAUCGGGCGACACUCCAAUUAUCGUCGCUGCACGCCAUGGCCAUCUGGAUUUGAUGAAAUUCUUGAUUCUUCGCGGUGUAGACAUUGAACAGCGAAAUAAGGACUUGAAACGAGCUUUGCAUGAGGCAGCUGCUAGUAGUCAUCUAGACAGUGUCAAGCUUCUUCUUUCAAAAAACGCAGAAAUCGACUGUUUGAAGAGAGCGGACUGGACACCAUUGAUGAUGUCUUGCACCAAGAUGAACAUUGAUAUCAUCAGAGAAUUAAUCCAAAGUAGAGCCAACUUGAGACUUGCCAAUAAAGAUGGCUGGAACUGCUUUCAUAUUGCUGCCAGGGAAGGGGAUGUAGAAAUUUUGAAUUAUCUUCUUGAUUGUUGCGCUGAUAUUUGGGACAGUUGUAGCAAGAAUGGACGGACACCUCUUCAUACAGCAGCUCUGCAUGGUAGAGUGGAUGCUGUAAAACUCAUGAUUAGCAGAUGUAGUUACAUACCAGAUAGUCCUGACAGUUGUGGCUCAACACCUCUCAUGGAUGCCCUACGAGCAGGACAUGUGCCAGUAGCAGAGACUCUCAUCAAUGAACACAAGGCUUCCAUAACUGCCAAGGAUCAGCUUGGCAGACAAGCUAUUCAUUUGGCUUCCCAAGCCGGCUGUAUCAAGUCACUGAAUUUCCUGAUUACAAAGUAUGCUGUAGAUGUCAAUGUAUUUACUGAAAAAUCAAGAAAGACUCCUUUACAUCUGGCUGCCAAGGAGGGUCACGCACAAACUGUACAGUUUUUGCUAGAUAAAGGAGCAGUUAUAAACGCGCAGGAUAAGAACGGAAGAACAGGUAAUGUUGCUCUCCAUCUCAGCUCAGCGGCCGGCCACGAAGCAUGUGUGGAUAUUCUAUUACGCGUAAAUGAUUUGGAUAGAAACAUAACAGACUGUUCAGGACUUACAGCUGAAGACCUCGCUCUUGAGCCUGCAGUCCGACAAAUGCUCAAAUCUGUGGCAGAAUGAUUGUGGUCCUUAGAAAGAUUUUUCCAGCUGAGUGCUGAAAGCAAUCCAGGAGUGCUUUGGCUUUGCUUCACCGUGCUUUGUGAUUGGUUAAAAAAAUCACGCCACAUUCUCAACCUAUGAGAUGCAAGACUUUGAGGCGAGAUACAGCUGAACUUUUUGAGAGACAAAGUUAUUAUUUUUAGUUGAGGACUGAAAAAUAACAAGACAGCCUCUCAAUUAUUGGAAGGACGGACACGUGCCUUACGCAAAAGUGUUUUUGAAUCACCUUGUAAUUGAAAUUGGUCACUAAGAAACCUGGUAAAGACGUUGUUAUACGCGAGUGAUGGCCUUACGAAUUCUCCUUACAAAUAUAAGACGUUUUCAAAGACACAAGUGGUGAGAAGAACGAAGUCUUCAACCAGCAUAAAGAAAAUGGUACUGAAAUAUACUGAUGCUUUAGCGAAUUUUUUGGGAAUCUUAUUGACACUUCAAGUGGCAUCAGAAGCAUGUAACCUCGGUUAUAAGCUUCUACUGGUAUACACAUGGGGUUUGCGUGGUCGUGCUUGUCAACACAGCUAGAUUGAAAAACAGAUUAUGUACAAAGCAGACAUAAUAAUUCCUACGAAUAAUUACUUUUUAAGUUCUUGUGAAGAUAAUAACAAGCGAUUUUUUUAGCACUUCCUAAUAUUUUUAUUAUAAUUGUUCAGGUGAUAAUGGAAUGUGCACUCUGUGAUUGGUCGCGACGUACAUCAUAUCGUACUAGAAUCACCUCGCGCGUGUUGAUAAUAAUACUGAAGCACUCAGUUUCAAAAUAGUCUUUGCACGAGUUUAUGAUGUUCUUAACGAAGAAACGAGUUUAAUGAAAUAAAAUGCAGUUUCUCUGAUAAUUACCGUAGCAAUUAUACUCAAACAAUGAUCCCCCGCGGGUUUAGCGAAUAUUGUCGAAUAAUCCCUGUGACUUUGUCACGAGGAUUAACGACAAUAUUCACUUCGCCUUCCGUGAAAAAUUGUUUUAUAUGUUUGUCGUAUGUCUUCAGUGAUAAUGUAUUCUGUUUAAGGAAGAAGGGUAACUAAAUUUGUCCAUAAAUUAUGCGAUGGUAAAAGUCAAACGUUACUGGCAGAUUUUGAUUUUAAAGGAGUCCCUUUAAGGCAAAGGAGGAAUGCGUGUAGAGUCUGCAGGAAAGAAUUCGUAGAUUCCUUUAUGUUUGUUUGUUUCUAUGUGUGUUUUUGUAUUCUUUCUUUUUCUUCUUAGAGAAGGCGAAGGAGCUUCUUUUGUUACAUACACACGCAAAUUUUCGUGUAGAAUCUGUGUCAGACAGGAUUCUCGCAUAUGCAUUGUACAUUGUUGUACAUUGCUUGGCAACUGUACUUGAAGAACAUUUAACCACCUACUGCUGUUGGUUCUUUUCAAUUCAGUGAAGAGCAUUCAGUUUAAAUAUUUUUAGAGUGCGAGAUU